UUAUUUUUUUGAAGUCUGAAAGUGAAAUGACCAGAUUUGACGGGUGACGCGGAGCGGCUCCCUCCGCGCGUUCCGGGCGCCUCUCCCCGUCUCAGAUGCCCAAAGAGUGCCGGAGAAGGUCUUCCAAGGACCRGGGGCUCUCGGGACUCCACGACCGGACCCGUUCGGAGCGAAGACCGGCCGGGAAGUCCUCGUCGAGCGGCGACGAUGAGCGCGUCGCCCCGCCGCCGCCGGUGAUGCACGCGCCCCCGGUACCGCAGCUCACCAUCACCCCUGAGGGGGGCGGCUCCCCCAGGGAGGUCCCGCCGGAGGAGCUGGCCGAGCAUUACGGUGACCGCGCUCUGCGCAGGAAGCCGUCCAGCUCCUCCGUCUCCUCCACGGGCUCCUCGGCCGUGGAGUCCGAGGACGACCUGCUGAGCGACACGGAGAGCAAGAGUAAAGGCAUCGUGACUUUGGAGCACCUGCUGGACACUGGAGAGAGCAAACCCUGGUGGAAGCUGAAGACGUACGUCCGCUGGCCUUUAAACGCCGCCAACAGGAGGAAACUGAACUGGGUCCAGCUUGCCGGACAUAAAGGAAACUUCAAGGCCGCGGAUGAGGGCACCAUCCUGAAAAAGUUCUCCGACAACGAGAUGCGGUGCUUCGAGAAGCUGAGGGACGACGCGCUGCGCCCCUUCGUGCCCGGCUACCUGGGCCUGGUGGAGAAGGACGGCGAGUCCUUCCUGCAGAUGACCGACCUGCUGGCUGACUUCGACCAUCCCAACGUGAUGGACUGCAAGAUCGGCGUGAGGACGUACCUGGAGGAGGAGCUGGUGCGAGCGAGGGAGCGCCCCAAGCCUCGGGAAGACCUGUACAAGAAGAUGGUGGAGGUGGACAAAGAGGGCCCCACGUCCGAGGAACAUUCCCAACGGGGCGUCACCAAACCUCGUUACAUGCAGUGGAGGGAGACCAUGAGCUCCAGCAACACGCUGGGCUUCAGGAUAGAGGGGAUCAAGAAACACGACGGUUCGUGUCGAACCGACUUCAAGAAAACCAGGUCGGAGCCGGACGUCAUCAAGGUGUUUAAAGACUUCGUCGGAGGGGACGUCAGCAUUAUAAGGUCUUAUUUGCACAGACUGACAGAGAUCCGGCAAACCCUGAUCAUGUCAGAGUUCUUCAAGAGUCACGAGGUUAUCGGCAGCUCUCUCCUCUUCAUCCACGACCACACGGGAAAAGCUCAGAUCUGGAUCAUUGACUUUGGCAAAACCACGUCUUUACCCGAGGGUCAYACUUUAAGUCACGAUGUUCCCUGGCAGGAGGGCAACCGGGAGGACGGGUACCUGUGGGGGCUGAAAAACCUCUUCUACAUCCUGGAGUCGAUCAGCAACGAAGGACCCGAGGAGAUGAGCCAAACUACAGAAACACACCGCCACUGACCUUUGACUUGUAAGGAGCUAAAAUUAACCUCAACCAGCCCCACAAAGAGAUCCGACUUUUAGCUUUGGGUGAUUUGUGCUUCAUCAAAGCAUGAUGGACCAAAGAAGGCGCACCCUCAGCACGCUGCACCACUCAAUAUUUAAUACUGACACAGACCAACGGAACAAAAAGGGACAUGAAAAUAUCUCACGAGGGACUGAGCGAAGGAGCAAAAGCACUGACACUAAUACGAGUUCCCACCCACACACAGAACAGAAGUGAGAGUGCAGGGAUCCUGCGUUUGGUGGAAAAAAAAAAAGAACUUAUAAUGAAACCAAGAUGAGAGCCAGAGUCAAACCGUCUGGUUUCACUCCACAACAAAGUCCUUUCAGGGAAAAACUGAAGUGUAAAGAUUACACUUUGUUUUUAAAGAGUCUUUUAAUGGAUUUUAAUCUUAUAAUUGCAGCACUUGAUGCUGCGCCCUUUGUGUGAAACCAAUCAACGUGUAUGAGAAAUUAAAAUGGAGACGGUUUAUUUGAAGAGUAAAACACUAUAUUGGUUUAUAUUCAGCUCAGACUGAGUCGUUACUCUUAGACGAGUUGAAACAAAUGAGGUAAAAAUGUGGGUUUAUUUUGGGUUUGGUGUUUAUCCUUAUGCCUAAAUGUUGAAAAUUAUUCCAUCCAUCCAUUAUCUGCUGCUUGAUCAGGGAGGUCCAUUCCUCUUCCAGGUUUUUGUAGAGGACUCCCAAGUUGUUCCCAGGUCCAGUCUCUGCAGUGUGUCUAGGGUCUUCCUCAGGGUAAGACCUGGCUACAUUAGUACAUCCUAACCAGUGGUGGGCACAAAACGCUAAUCCACUAAUAGCGAAUCUAGCUGCUCUUUAGCGGACCGAUUAUCUUCUGCUGAUUUUAAGUCUAUUAAAAAAAUUCACAAUUCUAAAAACUUCUAUUUUUAUGCUGUUUAUCCCAAAUUAAGUUAAAAACAAUCUUUUACAACCAGUGCUGGACGUGUCAGGCACCGUGUGUGGAGCAUGUAGCAUCUUUAGCAGCUAAACUUCAAACAAAGAGCAGCGAAAAGACUAUACAGUAGGGCCACACUACAAUUUUUUUAAAUUACAAAAUAAGUCGUAAUAUUACGAGAUUAAAGUUGUAUUACAAGAACCCCUACACAAAAAAAAAGCAGUUAAAAUGAGAAGUGUUGGGCAUCUUGUGAAGUUUUUGUAUCGGUUUUAAGAAACACUUAAUCUUUUAACACGUCAGCAUCAAAUUAUCAGCAGCAGGACUUUGAAACGAUUGUGCAAACGACUAUAUGGAUUCAUAUGAUGUAGUAAAGCUUUAGUUUAGUUAACGGCAUUGAUGGAUUUAGUCAUCACAUAAUGUGGAAGAAAGCAUAUUACACGAGUGACCCCAUCGUGGUUUACUUCCUAAACACAGUGACACGCACGGCUGUCGACAGCAGGUGUGAGGAAAAUGAUGAAAACAAAAACAGGAACGGAAAAUGGACAUGUUUGAUGAUUGACUUUUUUUCUCACAAUAUUAUAAUAUAACAUAACAAUAAUAUAACAUUAUUCUAGUAAUUAAACAAAAAAAAUCUUAUUGUGUAUGGUCCUAAAACUCCGUUGUUGCUGUUGUUUGACUAACUUCAAACUAUAUUUAUAAAAAUACAAACUUGAUCAAAGAAAUGCUUUUAUACUGAAGGGAUUAAACCGGAAGUAUAGCCUCUGGUUUAGAUUAGCCGAUUGGCUACAGAUGAUCCCACCCACCUUCAAAUUAAACCAAUAGAAAAUAAAGGUUUUGUCGUCAGCUUCCAAUUUUUUUUAAAUCUGGUUCGCUUUAGCGUAGCUGAGAAGUUUAGCGUWUUAGUGGUUGUGAAGCUAAACUUUWAGCUUUUAUCAGCCRUUUUUUUUUUWWAGCUUUUAGCCUUUUAUUUUUCUAAAACUUUAUUUACACAUCAACAUCUGGAAAUCAGAACAUUAUUGUUUCCAGUAAGUUCAGUGAAGUUAGAGUGCCUCUUUAUUCAAGAUAUAUUAAAAAUAUACUAUUUUCAGUUUGUGUUUUCAAAUUAUCGUGAUGGCAACGACCAUUAWAGUAAAUAAAAAUCAACUCAAAACAUAAAUGUGUAGAAACAUUUACGUGAAUAAUUUGCUGUGAGACAAACUGAACAGCUCCUCCUACUGGUUGAGCAWUGGUAUUACAUAAACAACUUUAACAAAGAGCAAGAACAAAGUUUAUUUAAAAAUAAUGAAAAUACAAAUGCAGUUGGUUGCCUACAGAGGUGAGUAUAAAAAUAAAUAUUUUCACAGCUGCUAGACUGGCUUCCAUCUCUUACACUUUCACUUACAGCUUUAUCAGACGGGUUACUGGCCAACAGAACCAGAACAWGAAGAAAACAUUUGAAAUAUUAUAAAUUAUUCAAUUGUUUUUAAUAAAAUGUGAUAUUCCUAUUAGUAUUUUAAAGAUUCUAACU